AUGCGAACCAUAGAUCAGAUCGCCAGAGCAGCCUAUAGGGAUCAUGACCAUCAAGGUGAAGAUAGUCAGGUUGACAGAUAUGUGAGAGAAGUGGUCCAACGACUGGGAAACCCAUCACAGCCAGAGCUGAUCCAUCAGGUUUACGACGAUGCAGCAUUCAAACCCGCUUCGACUCACCAUUUCAUUGGUAUCCUGUCGACUUCGCCACUCCCUUCCAACGAACCGGAGAGUGCCGAGCUCGUGCCGACAAUCCAUGUGCUGAAGACGGUAGACGAAGUGGAGCCUCAGCCUGUGAAGGAUGUGAGAGACCAGCUGGUGGAUUACCUUGCUACAGCAUUCACUCCGCCAGAUCGUGUAGCAGGGGAGUUCCUCCUGCUGCUGCUAUUAUCAUCACCGACCUCCAGACCGAUGUCCAUGACGCCCCUGGGUACUUUGUCCGUCAACUUCAAGAGGAAGAACGAGGCAGCGACGGCGAGGUUUAACCAGGUGGUGAAAUCUGUCGCACCGAAGGUCGUGCCUUUGCCCCUGUCAGUCUCGCUGCUUCAUUCUCAUCCCUUCUUCCCAAAAUCUACAGACUCGUCAUCUUUGGACGCAGGUCUUCUGCAGCUCUCCGAAGGAACCGUAUUAGUGGUAGAGGAGGAUGCUAUGGGCAGUGGCGGUCAGUUGAACGAGAAAGCGGUGAAGAACCUCAAAGCGUUGGCGGAAUGCAUGACCGAGCAGAAAGUGAGGUACGAGUAUCCGUAUAUGGAGGGGUUGAAGAUGGAAUGUGCGACAAGAGUAGCUGUGUUGAGUCAAGGGAAGAGUCUGCUGCCGGGGACGGGAGAAGUGAAUUCAGCAAGAGAAGAUCUCUCAGCUCUUCGAAACUAUCUCAUCGAAUUGUCUUCCCCAAGACAUGCAGCUAAAUUGGAGAUCCCGGAUGAUGUCGCAGAACUCAUACAGGACGCGUUUGUCAAGGGACGAAAGGAGAAUGCUGAGAGUGCCGAGGGAACGUUGAAAAGAAGGAUGAAGGUGGCCAGGCUUAUGGCUUUGUCUUAUCAGGAUGCCCGACUGAGUAAAGAGGUUUGGGAAAAGGUCGUCGAGCUAGACGAGGAGCUAGUAGCUAGGAGUUUGUAG